AUGUUCAAAGCAACACAUGUGGAAGCCUGUCAUGAUGGUAGCAUGGAUCGGAAUAAGUUUGAUGAAUUUAAAUUUGGCUGUACAUCUCUAAGAGUGCCUCCAGAUUUACUUUACCAAAUUAGGCAUGAUAUCACAGUGUCACCAAAUGGAGUGGCUUUUGUCAAGCCAUCAGUCAGGAAGGGGGUACUGCCAAGAAUGCUGGAAGAAAUUUUAAAGACUAGGUUCGUGGUGAAGCAAUCUAUGAAAGCAUACAAGCAAGACAGAGCUCUUUCACGAAUGCUCCAUGCACGUCAGCUUGGACUCAAACUUAUAGCAAAUGUCACAUUUGGUUAUACGUCUGCUAACUAUUCUGGGAGGAUGCCAUGCAUUGAGGUUGGUGAUAGCAUUGUUCACAAAGCUAGAGAAACCUUGGAACGAGCUAUAAAACUGGUGAAUGAUACAAAGAAAUGGGGUGCAAGAGUUGUAUGUGGUGAUACUGACAGUAUGUUUGUACUACUGAAAGGAGCCACUAAGGAGCAGUCUUUUAAAAUUGGUCAAGAGAUUGCUGAAGCUGUUCCUGCUACCAACCUUAAACCAGUAAAAUUGAAGUUUGAAAAGGUAUGUUUGCCCUGUGUCUUGCAAACCAAAAAGAAGUAUGUGGGUUACAUGUAUGAAACACUGGAUCAGAAGGACCCUGUAUUUGAUGCAAAAGGAAUUGAGACAGUGAGAAGAGAUUCCUGCCCUGCUGUUUCUAAGAUACUUGAGCGUUCUAUCAAGCUGCUAUUUGAAGCAAGAGAUAUAAGUGAGAUUAAACAGUAUGCUCAGUGGCAAUGUAUUAAGCUACUAGAAGGGAAGGCCAGCCUACAAGAUGUUAUCUGUGCAAAGGAAUACAGAGGGAGUUCCUCUUACAAACCUGGAGCCUGUGUGCCAGCUCUUGAGCUUACAAGGAAAAUGCUUGCUCAUGAUCGACGCUCUGAGCCACGAGUGGGAGAGAGAGUACCAUAUGUCAUCGUGUAUGGCCUACCAGGGGUACCUCUAAUCCAGUUGGUAAGGCGGCCAGUUGAGGUCCUACAAGACUCCAGCCUAAGGCUGAAUGCAACCUAUUAUAUUACAAAGCAGAUCCUUCCACCCCUGGCAAGAAUAUUCUCACUUAUUGGUAUUGAUGUCUUCAGUUGGUACCAUGAAUUACCAAGGAUCCAGAAAGUCACCACCUCCUCCCACAGUGAACAUGAAGGCCAAAAAGGCACCAUCUCAUAAUAUUUCUGUACCUUACACUGUCCUGUGUGUGAUGAACUAACUCAGCGUGGGAUCUGUAGUAAAUGUAGGAGCCAACCACAGCACGUAGCAGUGGUUCUCGACCAAGAAAUUCGAGAGUGGGAAUGUCAACAAGAACAGCUGGUAAAGGUAACAGAUUCAGAAUCUUAA